AUGGGCUCCGUCCAAGACUCUCCCGUCGAGGAGUUUGAGGAGUUUACGGUCCUCGUCACCGGCUUUGACGCGUUCAAGUCGGAAUACCCUCAGAACCCCUCGUGGGAGAUUGCCCGCCGGCUGCCCGACUACCUGCCGGCGCGGACAAAGACGGCAUCCUCUACGACAUCCUCUACGACGGCGGCUCCGCCGCCACCGUCUGCUCCCAGUGUACCGCCCGUGCGCAUUGUCGUCUACCCAGGACCCGUCCGCGUCAACUACCAGGCUGUCCGCACGCUGGUGCCCACACUCUGGGACGGCACGCCGACCAAGAUUGACCUCGUCCUCCACAUUGGCAUGGCCGGCCCCCGCCUCCACUACGCCCUCGAGCGCGUCGGCCGCCGCGACGGCUACACGUUGCGCGACGUCGACGACCAGCUGCUCGGCGACACCCCCGCCGACCGCGGCGACCCCCGCUGGCCCUGGUACGGCGUGCCGGCCGCCCUCGAGUCCCACAUCGACCUGGACGACGUGCUGGCCCGGUGGCGCGCGCAUGCGGCGCCCGGCGCGGACCUGCGCAUCUCCGUGGACGCCGGGCGCUACCUCUGCGACUUUAUCUACUUUAGCUCGCUGGCCCACCUGUACCGGCGCGACCAGGAAGCCGGCCACAAGGACGCGCGGUAUGCGCGGCGCCGGGUGGCCUUUUUGCACGUGCCAGCGGCCGCCACGCCCGAGCGGGUGGAGGCCGGGCAGGCGCUCGUGGUGGCGCUGAUCCGGUCGCUGGUGGAGUCGGAGGUGGUGGCCCGGGGGAGCGGCGACACGCCCAAGACGAAGGCGUCGGCGGCGGCGGCGGCUGCGGCGAGUGCGCCGGCGCCGGGGGCAGAUACAGUGACGGGGAAGUGGUAUCGCGACUAG